AUGCACGCAAUCCAAACUGCAGGUCCGCGCGUCAUCAUGCUAAUGGUUGUCCUGAACAAAUCCGAGCUAGAUCGGCCGAUCCUCGGCAAUAACCACCAGACGGCUUUGUUAUUUGCCGUCAGACAUGGAAGUAUGGCAUCGAUAAAGAUUCUUCUUGCUGCCGGUGUUGAUGUCAAUGCCAGAGAUGAUAAAGGGAUUACUCCAUUGGCAUUAGCGGCAAUUCGCAGGGAUGAAUACAAGGUUGCGCUGUUGCUUACUGUUAAAGGAGUCGAUCCAAACCCCCACGAUAAAUAUGGGCACUCGCCAUACUCUUGGGCACUACAUUCCGGAGACGAGAGCGUCUUGUAUGUUCUCCGAGAGUAUGCCGAACGGACGGGGAUCCCUUUGAAGGGAAUGAAGACCCAGGAGGAGUGGGCUGCAGAGGGCGACGAACCAUGGGAUUUACACUCACGACCUGUAUAUUCGUUGUAA